AUGUUAAUAUUAGUACUUUUUGGAUAUAAACAAAGUAAAAUAUUUUGUAUAGACUGCCUUACUGCUACCUUAAUAGAUACAAUAUGGUUAACAUGUUUAAAGGAAAUAAAUAACAAUCUAAAAGCAAAAGAAGAUUAACAUAAUAAAGAAAAAGUUGCAUUAGCUAAAAAAAUUAGUAGACAUGAGGCAAGAAUUAUAGAACUUGACAAGCUUUUAAAAGAAGAAGAAGAAAAAUUAGCUACAGAAACAUAAACUACAGGAGACAAGAAGAAAGCAGCUGCUAAACAAGAACCUAAAAAAGAAGCUCCUAAGCCAGGUAAAAAGGGAAAAGAAGUUGUUCCCUCAAACCCUUUAGAAGCUGAAAAAUUUGAAUUAACAAAAGAUAUUGAAAAAUCUAAAGAAAGUAUUGUUAAAUAUGAUGAAAAGCUUGAAAAAUUAAAAGCAGCAAAACAAAAAAUAGCAGAUAUUGAGAAAAAUGAAAACUUAAUUGUUGAGCUAUUUGAUAAGCAAGGAGAAAGAAAAUUUGUAAAGACAAAAGCUGAUACAAUAGCUAAUACUUUCUUGACAGAUAAAAAUACUUAUGUCGUUGGUUAUUACUUACCUGCUCAACAAAAUGAAGAAGAGCAAGUUUAAGUUCUUGAAAUUGAAGGUUUUUGUGUAAGAUCUGUUGAAGAAGAUGAGGGUGCUAUUGAUGAACCUUUAAUAGUUAAAAAAGAUGAUAAGAAAAAGGGAAAAAAAGGAAAAUGA